AAAACCCUCCGCCCCCGGCAGUUUCCCCUCCUCGUUGGCGGCUCGGUGAUAGACAUUCCGCUGCUUCCAAUCGGGAGCGUCCAGUGCCGGGCGUAGCCAAUCGGAGGCUCCGGUGGGCGGGGCGGCCGGGACAGUUCGACUUGGCGGUUCCACUUCAACAUGGCCGAAGCGAGCGACGUUAAUGCAGCCAGCGGCUGUGAGGAAAAGGGGCCUGAGGGGUCGUCCCCGGAAUCGGUGCCCCCCGACACCAGCAUUUCGAGGAUGAAGCUCCUCGACACCACGGUGGAUACUUUUCUCCAGAAGCUGAUCGCCGCCGGGAGCUACCAGAGAUUCACGGACUGUUACAAGCGCUUCUACCAGUUACAGCCGGAGGUGACACGGCGCAUCUAUGACAAGUUUGUAACCCAGUUGCAGACGUCUAUCCGGGAGGAGAUCUCUGACAUCAAAGUGGAGGGGAACCUGGAGGCUGUUCUGAAUGCCCUGGAUGCCAUUGUGGAAGAAGGCCGAGACCGCACGGAGCCAGCCUGGCGCCCCAGUGGGAUCCCAGAGAAGGACCUGCGCAGUGUCACUGUGCCCUGCCUCCUGCGUCAGCGGGAUGCCCUGCAGCGCCGGCUGCAGAGACUGGAGGCUGAGAACAGGCAGCUGGCAGACGCCGUCCUAGCCGGGCGCCAGCAGGUGCAGGAGCUACAGCUGCAGGGCCAGGCCCGGUGGCAGACCUGGCAGGCUCUGCAUAGAGGACGCAAGGAGCUGGUUGCUGUGCUGAGGGAGCCUGAGUGAGGGAGUCGGCGGGAACCGGGAGCAAAAGGUGUCCCUGUUGAGGGCCUGUGGCGAGCGCCUCUGAGAACAGCUGAAAUGGUGCCCAAUCCCUAAGCAGUGAUGGAAUUUGCUGGGGACACCCCGAGCAGUCCCCAAUACUGCUGUGCCUUGGGGCUCCUGUGGACGAACGGACACACACACACACCACCUUCGGCUUCCAUCCUAUUGUCUUCUGACAGGGACCCUGGGAAGCAGGCUCAAGCCUCUCCUCUGGGCCCCCCUUCUGCGGUUCCCAAGCCCUCCCUCCGGGCUGGCCUGGGGGAUCUGUUUUCAAUCUCCACUGAUUGCCCCCUUGCCAGCCAGCCCCAGGGCUCUGGCCAUGCUCUGCCCACAUCCGUAAAUAAACUUCCUCCAC